AUGGCGGAAGAAAAGAAUGACGUCGUGGGUGCUGUCCAGUCCCACGACAAUGAAGUCUCCGACGAGAAGAAGGAAGUCCAGGUCGCCGUCAUCAAGGGCGACGAGGCCUUCGGAGAGGCCAUGAUCAAGGAGCCUCCCAACGCCUGGAGCAAGCCGCAGAUCAUGAUCUACGCCUUCUCCAUCAUCGGUUUCUUCUGCUCCACCAUGAACGGAUACGACGGCUCGCUCAUCAACAACCUCCUCCAGAACCCCUGGUUCAAGGAGCGCUACGGCGUCGAGAACACCGGUCUCUGGACCGGUAUCGUCUCCUCCAUGUACCAGAUCGGUGGCGUCGUCGCCCUCCCCUUCGUCGGCCCCGCCAUCGACACCUGGGGCCGCCGUAUCGGCAUGUUCAUCGGCGCCGUCAUCAUCAUCGUCGGCACCUGCAUCCAGGCCACCGCCAACGAGGCGAGCCAGUUCAUGGGCGGCCGCUUCCUGCUCGGUUUCGGCGUCUCCAUCGCCGCCGCCGCCGGCCCCAUGUACGUCAUCGAGAUCAACCACCCGGCCUACCGCGGCGUCGUCGGCGCCCUGUACAACACCCUGUGGUUCUCCGGCAGCAUCCUCGCCGCCGGCGCCGCCCGCGGCGCCAUCGUCGACUUCCCCGGCGACACCUCCUGGCGCCUCAUCACCUGGCUCCAGUGCCUCUUCUCCGGCUUCAUCUGCCUCUUCGUCCUCUUCCUCCCCGAGUCCCCCCGCUGGCUCUUCGCCAACAGCAAGACCCAGGCCGCCCGCGACAUGCUCACCAAGUACCACGGCGAGGGCAACCCGGACUCCGUCUGGGUCUCGCUCCAGAUGAACGAGUACGAGGAGCUCCUGGACCUGGACGGCGCCGACAAGCGCUGGUGGGACUACCGCGCGCUCUUCCGCGACCGCCCGUCCGUCUACCGCCUCAUGUGCAACAUCACCCUGUCCGUCUUCGGCCAGUGGGCCGGCAACGCCGUGCUGUCCUACUUCCUGUCGUCCGUCCUCGACACCGCCGGCUACUACCACCACAUCGAGCAGCACAACAUCACCCUGAUCAACUCGUGCCAGCAGUUCGUCUGCGCCAUCUUCGGCGCCACCCUCGUCGACCGCGUCGGCCGCCGCCCGCUCCUCCUCUUCUCCUUCACCGGCUGCACCGUCAUCUGGCUCGGCAUGACCGUCGCCUCCGGCGUCCUGGCCCAGUCCCAGACCGGCGUCAACGCCGACGGCAAGCCCGUCUUCGACAACCCGGCCGCCUCGCAGGCCUGUCUCGCCAUGAUCUUCCUCUUCGGCUCCGUCUACUCCGUCGGCAUCACCCCGCUCCAGGCCCUCUACCCGGCCGAGGUCCUCUCCUUCGAGAUGCGCGCCAAGGGUAUGGCCUUCUCGUCGCUCGCUGUCAACGCCGCCGGUCUGCUCAACCAGUUCGCCUGGCCCGUCUCCAUGGAGGCCAUUGCUUGGCGCACGUACAUCAUCUUUACCAUUUGGGACGCCAUCCAGGUCGUUGUCAUUUACUUCUUCUUGCCCGAGACCAAGGGCCGCACGCUCGAAGAACUCGACGACGUGUUCAAGGCCAAGAACCCCGUCAAGCAUUCUCUUCAGAAGAAGAAAAUUGGUGUCGCUCAGGAUGGCCAGGUUGUCAACCGUGUCGUUCCACAAGGAGGGCACUCGAAGGGUGCUGUCGACCAAUUCCAGCUCGAUGAACAUCGAGACCGUCGAAUCGUUGCUGCUGCCCCUAGAUCAUCCGUCAGAACCUUGUCCUCUGCCAAGUCGGAAGACGCCUGGUUCUGGUCCAGUAGAAGCCAGGGUACUCAUUCCACGCUCCAAUGCCGUUUCCCACCCCGGUCCCAUAGUUUCACUGCUUCCUUUGCUCACAUGCACUCUGGGGUGCGCCGAGAAUCUCCCCCCGGAAGAUGGGCCGCUACUUCAAGUCCCGUGGGGGGGCAUGCCAGUCAGAGUGAGAAGAGGGGGCUGUGCUUGAAGAGUCCCGAGACUGUGGGACGGAAGAAUGGAGAUGAAGAAUCGGGAGUGAAGAACGCGGAUGCAAAUACAUAUACGAUACGCAGACAACAGGUAUUGGCCAUGAACAGGUAUCAUCGAGCUGGUGGGAGUCUUCAAUUCGAGACGGCAAAAGAAAUCAUCGGAAAGCGAGACAGGAGAAGGAUGUCUAACGACGGCGAGGACGACAUGGAUGAGAGAGCUUGGCAGCUUACAAGUCUCGAUGUCUCAGCUUUCAGGGACCACCACACUUCCAUUUUUAGGCCACUUGCUCUCCUCUCCAGGGAUUACGACUAUGUACAAUCAUCAAUGAUAGCGACGGUCUCGGCGCAAAACGACAAGAGGCUGGGGGACUAG